CUUCAGCUCCUCAGUUCAGUUCAGUUGGGUCAGCUUCGGUUCAGAAGGCCAGAGCUUCUCUAUUCAGCUCAGAUCAGCUUAGCGCAGGUGAGGCAGUGGGCGUGGCCUCCUAACACCUGUCACCUGUAGGACUCCAGGAAGUCCCGUUAAGGGCUUUAACUGGCAGGUAAACGCAGAACCGACAAGAAUCCAGUCAGACCUGAAGAGCUGAACCGGCGGUGACGAGCAGAACCCGAACACACACACACACAAACACACCUGAGACUGAGACUUCCAGCAGGUACAGCAGGUUUACAGGUGUGCAGGUCAGAGGAGCGACUCCAGGACACGCUUUUACUCUGUUUCUGGUGAUUUUAAGUUCUCAGCCAUGUCUCGAGGCUCUGGGAUUAUUCCUGAUGAAUCUGUUUUCGCUGAUUUGAGGAGACAGUGCUCUUCUACAGAGAACUGGGAGAAUAAAUACAGUAAGAAUGGGAUGGACGUUUGGGUGGAGGUGCCCUCUAUUAACUCUGUACAGGGAAACAAAAGCAGCUACUCCAAAGUUCACAAAAUCAAGUGUAGAAUAGCCAUAAGUGAUGUCUCAGCAGCCACUAUGUAUGACGUUCUUCAUGACAACAAGUACCGGAAGACGUGGGACCCUGCCAUGCUUGAGAGCUUCGAAAUUGCUCGGCUUUCACCUAAUGCUGAUGUGAGCUACUAUUCCUGGCUGUGUCCCAAACCCCUGAAAAACAGAGACGUGGUGACCCUGAGGUCUUGGCAGGCAUCAGAAGAUGAAUACAUCAUCGUGAACUACUCCGUAAAGCAUGCGAAAUAUCCUCCACGGAAAGACUUGGUGAGGGCGGUCUCCUAUCUGACGGGUUACUUGUUGAAACCGACCGGGCCGAACAGCUGCUCUUUCACCUACCUUUCACAAGCUGACCCCAAGGGGUCUCUUCCCAAGUGGGCGGUGAACAAGGCGUCUCAGGUCCUCGCUCCCAAGGUUAUGAAAAGCGUGCACAAGGCGGGUCAGAACUACCCUGCGUGGAAGGCCCAGAACUCUCCAGAACACAAGCCCUGGCUCUACCCCAUCCAGAGUGAACUGCCCAUGAUGAACCCCAGGGAGCUGAGCAUCCAGCGGGGGGACUCUCUGGAGAACGUGGACGAGAGCUCAAGCAGGGACACUCAGGAGAACGAGGACAGCAGCUGAAGAGCAGUGAAGGAAACAGACACUUGAUCUUUUAACCUCCUGUCCCUGUAGUUAGCACAGUUAAUGUGUACCUGAUCCCUGUCUGCUGGAAUAGCAGUGUUUAUACAGCCACUGAAAGCUAAACCUGUGGCGUCUGACAUUAAACGAAGGGAAAUGAAGUGAAGCUGAAGUGUGUUUACCAUAAUUGUGUAUAGAAAAUAAGUUUAUAUAUCUCCAGAAUCAACUAACAAAAAGCUACAUGCUCAAGUUAAGAGUGUUUUAAAUGUAGCUGGUAUUUUAAAGUCUUAAGGUUAAAGUUGCCAGUGUGUGUUUUAAUUUAAAAUCUCUUCGAAUGAAGGUUAAUAUUUAACUUUUGUUUUCCAUAAUUAAAAGUAAAUAAGUUUUAUCUGCUUUGUUUUUUUUUAUGUUUUUAGGGAUUUCCAUUUGACCCCUUCCAAAGAAUAACACCUACAGUAUAUCAGUGGUUCUCAAAUUGGGAUCUGCAAAGGGCUCUAGGGGAGGUUUUAUCUCUUCUAUACACACUACAAGUCAGAAGUAUUAGAACAAUCCAAUUUUUUAUUUAUUUUUGUAAUUUUAUCUCCAUUAGGUCCAGUCAAUAAUCGGAAAGGGUACAAAAUCCAGUGGACACAAUAUUGCAUUAUACUUCCAGAGCCUUUAAGGAAAAAAAAUAUACUAAAACCUGAAAAAAUAAAAGUAAUUAUAUAAUCAAAUAUAUUAUAUAUUGAUUUUUAGUAAACAAUUACCAGCUGGUAAUUAGCAAUGAAAAUAAACAGAGCUUUGGAAAUGGAGUUUUUAAAAAAGCAAUGCUGAAACAGGUGGUGUUACUGCUGUUACUCUCUACUGCAGCAUUUACACACUCACACACAGCACAUUUACACUCGCAUCAUAAUAACUAGAAAAAGACACAGAAAAACAGAGAACUUUGUAACUGUUAUAAGUAGAAGUACUAUUUCCUACACCUUCAAAAGACUCUUGGAAACUGGAGAAAACUGAUACAGGAAGAGUCACGUCUGGCUGAACCACAUGGAAACAGCUUUAGCCUUUAGCUCAGAUUAACAUGAAUAGAAUAAGUCUCAGUUUCAGCAGCGAACAAAAAGAAUUAGAGAAGUGCAGUAAUAAAGUUAUUGAUUAGAUAAGAAAAUACAUUGCAAAUGAACUACUAAACAAUAGGGUUUUUUUAAACCUUGACCGGCAGUGUAUUCAUUUUAAGUUUGUCCUCUGAUUUGGCAAUAUCUUUUUAAACAAUAAGAAAUCUCACAAAGCCUGCUAGUUUUGGGUUUUACCCUGGCUAGAGUUGGUGGUGGGCGGCAGGGUCACUUACCAUCCAUAAAAAAGGCCUGAAAAGAAAAGGUUUUGAGAACUGCUUUCUUAAAUCAACUACUUCUCCCUUUUUCUUUUUAAUUUCUUAAUUUUUAUAAGAUCUUUUAUUUUAAAUAUCUUCAUGUCUGAAGAUAUGCUAUUUGCUGGCUGUUAGUUGGAGGGGUCAUCAUUUACCAGAGCCUUAAAACAAAUUGAAUGAGGAGAACAUAAAAACCAAAUAUCUUUCUAGAAGAGUAGAGAAACUCGAAGUAAGAGAGCACAGUCACCCUUACACUUCAUCCAUCUGUUUGCAUACCUUGUGUAAGGGGUGUAUUUAUAUGAUGGGUGUGUGAAUGGUUGCUUAGUCUUUAGAUAGCACAUGUUAAGCAAGGUUCUUAAUUGCUGUAUAAUAUGAUUGAAUAGGAUGUGCGUGUGGGAAUAAGUUGUAUAAGUUGAAUAAGGCUGUGUUACGUUACCUCAGAUUUAUUUAUUGGUUACUUGAACGAGAAUCGACUGUGAUUGUUUGCUCUGAAUAAGACAGGUAAUGGUUAUGAGGAACAAUAAAUGAUUAAAUAUU